CGGAAUGAUCAGCUUUAGCAGACUCCGCCGCCCGUUCACAGUGCUCGCGCAAUUCAUUUAAAUCCAACUGAGACAACUCAACCAGAAAUGUGUUUUUGUCAUCCCCAGAAAGUUCAGACCAAAAUUGCAGAACGUGAGACUGUCCUGCAUGUUCUAAAGAAGAUUUUAUUUCCUCAAAUGAAAGCAUUUUCACGACCUAAUAUUCAGAAGAAACACGUUCACCUAUACCAUGUUACACAGCCGUGGUAAAGGUUAGUUUGACUUGGUCAAUCUUCGGUUUGUUACUCCCUUCGUCAGGAACUCGUGACUUGUGCAGGGCUCAGUAGGAAAGAGCAAAAUACACAAAGGCUGUCUUGUGAUUAAAUUUGAGUUGCUGCCUGUGGCUGGGCAAAGCAAAACCACACAACUGCGCAUUCAUCAAAAUAUGAAGAAACAUUUUAGUUUUAGAUGCGGUUUUCUCUCAGUGGUUGGCUUGCUAUAUUACAAACACUGUACAAUGACUACAGUAUCCAACUGCAGCCCCGGAGAAAUAUAAACACUACUUUGAGUGGAAAUCGUUUGAUCGCGCCAAGGAAAGAAGGAAGGAUGCAUUUUUAAAGUAUUCGAUUUCAACACGGCGAACCCGUUCUGUUGGGGGAGGAGUUGGGGGGGGUGCGCGUUCUGGCGAGCGCGAGAAGAGGAGAGUGUGUGCAUGAGCAAAGCCUCUCUCGUUCACGACACGCUUUAUUUGCACUCUCCACCAUUCAAGGUGGAACUUCACCUUUCUCUUCCCCGAGGAGAAGUCUAAACAACAGGGAAUAUAUAUUCUGACGCAAACAUCUACGGUGUUCGAAAAUCAUGGCAGCCUCGUCGGCGAAAGUCGUUAGAAAGGAAAACUCUAAUCAUGAUGGAGCGGACGAGACCUCCGAAAAAGAGCAACAAGAAGCUAUUGAACACAUUGACGAAGUACAAAAUGAAAUUGACAGAUUGAACGAACAGGCCAGUGAGGAGAUUUUAAAAGUAGAGCAGAAGUACAAUAAGUUACGCCAGCCAUUCUUCCAGAAGCGGUCAGACCUCAUAGCUAAAAUCCCCAACUUCUGGGUCACUACAUUUGUUAACCACCCACAGGUUUCAGCCCUUCUCGGUGAAGAGGAUGAGGAGGCACUUCAUUACCUUACCAGAGUGGAGGUGACUGAGUUUGAGGAUAUCAAGUCGGGUUACAGAAUAGAUUUUUACUUCGAUGAGAACCCGUACUUUGAGAACAAAAUCCUCUCCAAAGAGUUUCACUUGAAUGAAAGUGGGGACCCAUCUUCAAAGUCAACUGAAAUCAAAUGGAAGGCUGGAAAGGACCUGACAAAGCGUGCCGGCCAAACGCCGAACAAGGCUGGCAAGAAGAGGCAACAUGAAGAACCAGAGAGCUUCUUCACCUGGUUCACAGAUCACUCUGACGCUGGGGCAGACGAACUAGGAGAGGUCGUUAAGGAUGACAUCUGGCCAAACCCAUUGCAGUAUUACCUGGUCCCUGACAUGGAUGAUGAGGAAGGGGAAGGUGAGGAAGAUGAGGAAGAGGGCUUGGAGGACAUCGAUGAGGAAGGGGAUGAGGAUGAAGGAGAGGAAGAUGACGAUGAGGAAGGAGAAGGAGAGGAUGACGGCGAGGAUGAUUAAGGCAGAAAAGGACAUAUUCCAACCUAUACCUUUGCCCAUUCUUUCCUUCUAAUCAUCCUUCAACGCUUGGGAGCAAGAAGCUUUGUUUUCAUUUUAUUUUUGUAUUAUUUUGUGCUCUUGUCUCCUGUUCCACAAGCUUCCGCCUGUCCAUACCAUGUCUGAAGACGAGUAAAUUCCCAGAUCAGAAAACUCUGCCGUCUCGCGUGUCAUAAAACUACUACACAUGUCCAUGAAGACCAAUAAAAGUACAGGCAUUCUGCACGUCAUCUUAGACUAAAAUAAAGUCGAAUAGCAAUUUAUAUGUAUGAUAAAUAAGGUUUCUGUUAACUUGUGAGUUGAAUAAAGAUAAGCAAUGGUGCAGUGAUAACUUAGCAUCCCUGGCCACAUUUUAUUUUAUACAUUUUCUUUAAUGCAGAGUUUGGGGGUGGGGGGGGGUCUUCUGGAGUUGACACAUUUUCUUCGUCAUGCGUUGUACUAACGGAAAGCACCGGCUUGUUCCUGUCAGCGAUUGUAAAUGUUUUGGGGUUGAUAUCUUGGUAUGACACGGUUAUUAUUGUAGACAGUUAAAUGGGGUUUGGUGGGGUAAGUGGGCAUUUGACACCUCAACAUUUGGGUUUAUGUUGAUUGACUUUUCAUUGUAAUGUUUUACAGACGCCCAUGAGGUUUGAAAAUGACAUUUUUAAUAAAAACAAAACCCAAAAAAUGUCCUCUUGUAAUUUUGAACUUGGCUAAUUAACAGGUUAUUUAAGAAAAAGUAGAGACCCUAUAGAAUCUCAUAGGAUAUACUAGUGAUCUCCACCUUUUCCACUGGAAAACUGUUCACAUUAACAUUUUAAGUGUACCAGUUGCUUUGUUACAAUAAAUGUAUACACAAGUG